AAUUAACCUCAUCCGCAGAGAGAGAAAGAGAGAGAGAGAGCCAAAUCAAGUAAUCGAGUUUUGGAGAGGUUUAAUUAUUUGGGAGGGGGAAUCUUUCUAAAAAAAAGAAAAAAACGGGAGGGGAAAAGUAGCGCGCCAUUGACCGCCAUAUUCAAAACUCAAUCCAAAAGAAGAACUAACCAAAAUUAAAAUUAAAAUUAAAAUCGCCAAAACCCUAAUACCGGCGCCAUGAAAAUCAUUUUCGUUUUCCAAACAAACACGGCUGUAUUAAACACAACAACCCUCAUUUCUCACUCACCCAUCACCAAACCCUAAUCCUUCAUCUAUUUCUCUCUGUUUCACAACAACACUACACUUCACUAAGCAGAGAGAAAUGGAAACUCGCGCCUCAAAGAAAAGAUCAAACACCGCUCAACAACCACCAUCUGUCAUUGUUCUCAAAAGGCAGAGGGUUGUUUUGGGUGAAAUUCCUGAUCUCAGUUUUCCCCAAUUUCAGCCCAAACAGAAACUCCAAGUGAGGAGAAACCCUAAUCUCAACAAUUCAGCAACGGAUCUACCUUCAAUUGAUUCCAAUUUGGAUUUGGAUAAGCCAAUUUAUAACAAAACCAAUGCCAAACAGAAUACUGAUCCUUAUGUAUCCGAUAUCUUCAACUAUCUUCGCACAAUGGAGAAAAAGAGAAGGCCAAUGGUUGGUUAUAUGGAGAAUGUUCAAACAGGCAUUACUUCAAACAUGAGGGGGACAUUGGUCGAUUGGUUAGUUGAGGUUGCCGACGAGUACAAACUUCUUCCUGAAACCCUUCAUCUAUCUAUUUCCUACAUCGAUCGGUUCCUAUCUAUUCAACCUGUCAAAAGAUCCAACUUUCAGCUACUUGGUGUUACCUCCAUGCUCAUUGCAUCGAAAUAUGAAGAAAUCACCCCACCCAAGGCUGUGGAUUUCUGUGAAAUUACUGAUAACAGCUAUGACUUGGAAGAGGUUAUAAAGAUGGAAGCUGACAUACUCAAGUCCCUAAAUUUUGAAAUGGGGAACCCUAAUGUCACCACAUUUCUUAAGAGGUUUGUUGGGAUUGCUUCUGAGAAUAAAAAGACUUCUAAUUUGCAGUUUGAGUAUCUGUGCAACUAUCUUGCCGAAUUAAGCUUGUUGGACUAUGAGUGUAUAAGAUUCUUGCCUUCUAUUGUGGCUGCAUCGGUUAUAUUUCUUGUCAGAUUUAUUAUCCGGCCUAGAGUACAGCCUUGGACUUCAUACUUGUGUGAAUGCCUGGGUUACAAAUAUGCUGAGUUGAAAGAAUGCGUUCUCAUUUUACACGACUUGUAUUUGUCACGAAGGGCAGCAUCUUUUAAAGCUGUUCGCGACAAAUACAAGCAGAAGAAGUUCAAAUACGUGGCAAACUUGCCUUCCCCUCCAGAGAUACCACAUAAUUACUUUGAAGAAGAGUGAUGCAGUGAAUAGAACGGUGAAUGAACUUCAUGAAUGACAAAUAUAAAGGACUUAGGUUCUUCCACACAAGCAUUCCUUUUCUUGGCCAUGCUAUUCAAUAUACAUUAGAUGUUGAUAAUUUCAAAUUUUUGGCGGUUAUGUGAUGUCAGGCAAACAAUUAAGUAGCUCAGGUAGAAACUUUUUGGUGGUCAUUUGCUGCUGGUUCUUGCAUAUGUGAUUGUCCAACUACUAAUGCUGCCUGCCUGCUAGCUUUUGAUGAUAAUCUGGUUGUACUACUAUACUAAUGGCCAAUUCCCUUGGUGGACAAGUUGUCCAUGAUAAACUAAUUGAUAUAUUUGGUCACUUCCAUAACAGGGUGUACUAAAUUGGUUGGUGGUACUACAUGAUACAUGGUUAUUAUUUUUGCAAUGAAGAAUACAGGACUUAUCCUCUAUAGUUGAAAGGCCAUAUGAUACUGCAUGGUUGUGAUCUUUGUCUGAAACAGUUCAAAUAUGUGGCAAACCUUCCUCCCCCACCAGAGGUACCAAAUUAUUACUUUUAAGAAGAUUGAUUCGAUGUGAACAACUUGGUGAAUGAAGUUGUUCCUAGUUGAUGCAACCUAUGCUCUUGGAAUGGAUGGUAAACUAAUUCAUACAUUGAUCACUUGCAUAAUAGUGUAUACUACAUUAGUUGGUGAUAUGUUGAUCAAAUGUAAACAAGUGUAACAGAUACUUGGUAAAAAUAAAUAAAUAAGUGUAAUGUAACAGAUAUAUAUUUGCAACAUACAAUGUAAUUUUGCAGUGAUGAAUUAAGAAUAUUAGACUUUUCCUCUAUGGUUUAAA